AUGGAAUCGUCUAAGAUUUCUGUCACUCUCAUUUCCCUCACAGCCAUAGCCCUACUCGAUUCGAUUCAUGCCCAAGACUCACCGCAAGACUUUCUUGAUGCCCACAAUGCUGCUAGAGCCGAGGUGGGUGUGGCGCCCUUGACUUGGGACGACCAAGUAGCACGUUUUGCACAGGACUAUGCCAAUACUCAUGUAGGCGACUGCGAACUCGUCCAUUCUACCGAUAUGCUAUACGGUGAAAACCUUGCAAUGAACCCCGCCAUUGACAUGUCGGGCACAGAAGCAGUCAACCUGUGGGUGGGAGAGAAGCCCAACUACGAUUACAACUCGAACUCUUGCGCCCCCGGCCAGGUGUGUGGACAUUAUACGCAAGUCGUUUGGCGUAACUCGUUACGAGUUGGGUGUGCCAAAGUGAGGUGCAACAGUGGAGGUACCUUCAUUGGGUGCAACUAUGACCCCCCGGGAAACUGGGUUGGAGAGAAACCUUACUGAGCUAUUUUGAAAUGCAUACGACAUGGUGUGGAGUGGGUACUUCUAAGAAUAAAAUGGAUAAUAAUUAAAGAUGUGACUGUAUCAUUCCGGGAAGAGAAUGAAUUAACCAG